AUGGCCGAUUACAAACUCUCCGCCCAGCUGUCUGGCCACGACUCCGACGUCAAGGCUGUCAGCUUCCCAGCUUCCCAUACCAUCCUAUCCGCCUCUCGCGAUGGCAGCGUAAGAGUCUGGCGCCAGGUCUCCGACUCUCCCCCCUCCUUCGAACCUUCCGUCUCGAGCCAGACCUCCGAAUUCGUCAACUCCGUCACGUACCUCCCACCUUCCGAACAAUACCCUGAUGGCCUCAUUGCGUCCGGCGGCAAGGAUACCAUCGUCGAAGUCAGACAACCACAAUCCAGCCAAGGUGACAAUGCCGAGCGUCUCUUGAUUGGCCACUCCCAGAAUGUAUGCAGUCUGGACGUCUCGCCCAAAGGAACAUACAUCGUGUCAGGAGGCUGGGAUUCUCAGGCCAUUGUGUGGAGCACCAGCACGUGGGAGCCCGAGAUUCGCCUCAGCGGCCACGAGAAGAGCGUCUGGGCCGUCCUUGCGCUUGACGAGGAGACUGUCGUGACUGGCUGCGCCGACACUAGCAUUCGCAUAUACAACCUCAAGGCUGCCGUCGCCGGGGACGCUGAGCCCCGAUCCACCAUCUACACCCCCGAAGUCGUGCGCGCCCUUUGCAAAGUUCCGAAGGGCCACCCAAGCGGUGCGGAGAUUGCCAGUGCCAGCAAUGAUGGCAUUAUCCGUCUGUGGAAACUGAAUGGCCAGCAGGUCGGCGAGCUCCAUGGCCACGAGAGCUUCAUCUAUGCCCUGGCAAGCUUGCCUUCAGGCGAGCUAGUAAGCUCCGGCGAGGACCGCACUGUUCGCGUGUGGAAGGGCAAUGACUGCGUGCAGACCAUUACUCACCCUGCAAUUUCGGUGUGGGCUGUUGCGGUCAACGCCGAGACCGGCGAUAUUGUGUCGGGAGCAAGCGACGGUGUUGCGCGAGUCUUCACCCGCAGCAGCGAGCGGGCAGCCGGUGCCCAGGCCAUUUCCGACUUUGAGGAGUCUGUCAAGGCUUCAUCCAUUCCUCAGCAGCAGCUGCCAUCUAUCAACAAGGAACAGCUUCCUGGUCCAGAGUUCCUCGAGUCGAGGUCCGGUACCAAGGAGGGUCAGGUGCAGAUGAUCAACCAGGGCAACGGCAACAUUACCGCCCACCAGUGGUCAGCCAGCCAACAACAAUGGAUCAACAUCGGAACUGUCGUCGACUCAGCGGGCAGCAGCGGCAAGAAGACCGAGUACAAUGGCAAGUCCUACGACUACGUUUUCGAUGUCGAUAUUGAGGAUGGUAAGCCGCCGUUGAAGCUGCCUUACAACCUCUCUCAAAACCCCUACGAUGCUGCCACGAAGUUCCUGAACGACAACGAACUUCCAAUCAGCUAUCUCGACAAUGUCGCCAACUUCAUCACACAAAACACCCAAGGUGCGACUCUCGGUCAGUCUGCGCCAGCCACCUCUGAUCCUUAUGGCACGGAGUCAAGAUAUCGGCCCGGCGAGUCUGAGUUGAGGCCCAAAGUUUUGCCGCAAGCCGAAUAUCUGAAUAUCACGGCUGGCAAAUACGAUGCCAUGAUCAAGAAGAUUCUGACUAUCAACGCAAAUAUGAUUUCAUCUGGUCGGAAGGAUGCGGCUCUGAACCCAACCGAGCAAAACACCCUUAACGCGGUAAAGGAAGCCAUCGAGAACUCCAAGCCUGUUGAUCAGGCUGGUAUUGACCUUGCUGUCAAGAUUGUGACCUUGUGGCCCUACUCGGAUCGUCUGGCGGGGCUGGAUCUUCUCAGAUGCGUUGCGACGUCGCCUCUUGCUGCGGACGCCUCGUCAUCUGAAGGGUCAUUCCUUCGCAUUGCCGUGUCUAGUGCCUUGAACGCGCCCGACGGCGCUACUCCUAACGAGAACUCAGUGAUGAUGGCCCUGCGCACGUUUGCCAACAUCUUCACCUCACCAAAGGGCGAAGCGCUCGCAGCAAGGGAGGCAGACACUGCAGCGACUCUGCUCGAGAAGGUACUUGGUCUCUCCGGUGGUGCAGCCAUCGGCCAGUUCAACCGAAACAUCCUGAUUGCAGCGACUACCACUUUGAUCAACUACGCUGUCUAUGCCCACAAGGAGAGGACUUCAUUCCAAUCCAAGCGUUUCAUUACGGCCGUGGGCAAAAUUCUGUCCGAGCAGAGCGACUCGGAGGUCGUCUACCGCGCUCUGGUCGCACUGGGAACAUUCGCUUCGACCAGUAAGGCAGAGAUCAAGUCUCUCGGGGGCGAAGGCUGGAUCAAGUCUGCCGUCGAUAAGGUGUCGGAAGUCCGGGUGAAGGAGCUGGGCAGGGAGGCUUUGCAACAGUUGUGA